AUGCACGUUCGUCUUCCAGACGACGUCCUGCCUCUUGUCGAUAUCGGUACUCAUCGAGAUCCCCUGUCCAUCAACCUCGCAGUCCUCAACCUCUUCGACUUCCUUCCCGAUCUCGUCAACAACGUCGACAAGCCUCCCGCCAAUGUGUCCACCUCAAUGACUGUGAAUAUUCGGCUGCGAGAACGUAUUGAAGCUGGCCUUUGCAAUGUCGCUCCAGGCAUUCCUUCGGAUUGCUGCUCCAACAUGGUCCAGAUCUUGGCGGGCUCCGGCCUUCUUGACAAAGUGGAUCCAUCUGAAUCCCUAGGUCGGGGAUUCCACGGUUCCAACAAAAGCCUCCUUUCGGAGGGAAGACAGCUUUCACUUGGGCUUUGGUCCACGGCACUGGUAUCCAAGCGGCCAAAGCCAUUCUAUUGGAAGGAUUGGUACGGCCCGCAGAUUGGAGCUAUCGGCGCAUACCAACACAUCAGACUCGACGCUGGAGGAAAUGGCCUUGCCCAUUUGAAGGUUGCUACAAAGCGGGUGGCCUUUACUUCGGAGAAGUAUACCAUCACUUUAAGUCAGCACACGACAGUCCACAAUGUCACUGUCACUUGGGACAGCUUGAAGCAACAACCUGAAGAUCAACAUGACCACCAGCCUUCACCAUCGAGAACAGCUCCGGAGCCUUCUCAACCUCCUGACGGAAUGCAGGACUACAAGGAUGAAUUACCAGACUAUGCUGCUUCACUUUUCAUGUAG